AUGGAUAUUGACUAUGCUAGCGAGUUCGAGGCAUACUCAGACCCACCAUCUCCAUCCCGAACCCUGAAACACACCCUGGGUCUACUCAAUGGGACGUACAAAGUUCGUUCCUCCGAUAUUGAAGACGAAUGGCCACUCGCUAUGCCAUCUGACGGAAUCACCUUAUCCCUCCGCGUCAACGGAAAGGAGAUUUGGGGGACAUACGAGUUCGGGAUGUUUGAGGGUGUACUGUGGAUGCCAGAACGACCUAUGAGGCCCUCCUUUGACAGAAUUCCGUUUAAGUGGCGUGGGCGGGAGACUGAUGAGGGUGAGAUGAGUUUUGAAGAUGACCAGGAAGGUUGGAUCGAGUUUUGGGGCGAUGGCGACAUUGUUGGGAUGAUCAGCUGCUUUGGAGAUCUCUAUUUCCGAGGACAACGGAUUGAUAGUACUGUUCGGACAGCCAGUGAUCUGCGUAACGAAUGGGAUGGCUACAACGAUGAAGAAUAUGAACGAGAGAACAGGGCCCGGUGGGGUGGGUGGUAA